UGUAUGGAGCUCCGAGUAUAAAAAGCCCGCAAUAGGGUUUCAGGCGUGGGUUUCUUCCCGGAAGCGCAAACAGGAGGAGGAGAAUCAGGAGCUUGCCAUGGGGAGGAGGCCUGCAAGGUGUUAUAGGCAGAUUAAGAACAAGCCAUACCCGAAGUCACGUUUCUGUCGCGGUGUGCCUGAUCCUAAGAUCAGAAUUUAUGAUGUUGGAAUGAAGAAGAAAGGUGUUGAUGAGUUUCCCUUCUGCGUCCAUCUUGUGAGUUGGGAAAAAGAGAAUGUUUCAAGUGAGGCACUUGAGGCAGCUAGGAUUGCUUGCAACAAAUACAUGACCAAAUUUGCUGGGAAGGAUACGUUCCAUUUGAGGGUGCGGGUGCAUCCAUUCCAUGUUCUACGCAUUAACAAGAUGCUUUCAUGUGCUGGGGCUGAUAGGCUCCAAACUGGAAUGAGGGGUGCGUUUGGCAAGCCACUAGGAACAUGUGCACGAGUUGCGAUUGGGCAGGUCCUCCUUUCUGUUCGCUGCAAGGAUAGCAACAGCCAUCAUGCACAGGAGGCCCUCCGCCGUGCAAAGUUCAAGUUUCCUGGUCGCCAAAAGAUUAUUGUUAGCAGGAAGUGGGGAUUCACCAAGUUCAGCCGUGCUGAUUAUGUAAAGUACAAGAAGGAGAACAGAAUCCAGCCCGAUGGUGUUAAUGCUAAGCUUUUUGGAUGUCAUGGUCCUUUGGCUAACCGGAAACCUGGAAAAGCUUUCCUGUCUGCACCUUUAUCGGCUUGAAAAAUGAUGCUGCUUUUGUCAUAGUAUUUAUGUAGAACUCAUGUGGACUCUCUAUUUUCAGAUCAAACUUAUACUGGGGUGACGGGUCGGUUAUUAUGAGUUGUGAAUGCGGGUCUGCAGUAUUAUUUCUUUGGAUGGUUGGUUUGGUUGUGCAGUUUUUCUGAGGCACUUUGCUAUAAAGAUGUUGCUAAUAAGCUCUUCACUGCCCGUCGUCGUCUUCUAACUUUUAUCCAUUCAAAUAGAAAAUCUUCUUUGCUCUGUUCCUCUUGAA